AUGUCGGCGCUGAGGGGGCGCGGAGUCGGCAGGAAGGGGCACAGGAAGGCGGUGGUUCGGCGGGACUGGGAUAGUACCGUCCAUGAUUUGACAGUCCACCGUGCAACUCCUGAAGAUAUUCUGCGUCGCCAUGAAAUACACAAAUCGAAAAACAAAGCACUGGUGCAUCUGGAACUGCAAGAGAAAGCACUGAAAAGAAAAUGGAAGAAGCAAAAACAACUGGCUGCUGAUUCCUUGGAGAAAAGGAAAUUGGCUCUGAUGUGUGAGAUUCUGUCUGAUCAAUACCAAUUGCAAGAUGUAUUGGAACGAUCUGAUCAGGUUAUGGCUGUGGCAAAAGACUUGCUUGGGAAUGCUCCUCGCACGCGAACAGGUUUCCCUAAUGUAACAAUGGCUCCUAACUGUGACCUAGAAUCAUCUCAAGGACCCAUUGUGCAAAAAUUUGAUCCUUCCACUCAGCUUUCCAUCCUUAGUGAAUCCGUCAUGGAUUCCCAGGCUCUCAAUGAAGUGGAAGAGGAAGCGUUACCAGAUUGUCAGUCAGAAAAUGGACAACAUAACACUCCGAAUUUCAAAUCCAGCAUCAGUUCUGACAGGCUACUUCGAUUUUUGAGAGAAGAAAACUCCCAUGUCAAUUCUCAGUUGUGGGCUGAUAAGGAUAUGAGAAAAACUACCUUAUCACAGGAAACAAAUGUGCCUUUGACUCCAGCAACUGUUUCUCCAUCAUUGGAUCAGUCAGCCCUCAAUGCUACCAAUGUAGUAAAGAGAAUCCAUUCAAGACUUCAGAAUGAUGACAAUGAAGAGACUGUAGAUGCCACUGACACUGUGAGACAAGUGCUGAACCCGAACUCAAGGAAACAGAAGCAAAUUGCAGUAACAGUGAAAAGAAAACAAGCUGUGCAGAACUCUGCAAGACAAAGGAGAGGUGGUUCUCCAGGCAAUUCAAUCCCCAUUGACCUUCAGAGGGACAACAGGUCUGGCCUAGACAUUCUCAACCGCAUGAUACAUGACGUGGAGCAUGAAUUGGAGGAGUAUGAGCGAUGUACAGGUCGUGAGGUUCAAAAAACUGAAAGAAGUGAAGGCCUCACUGGGUUUACCUUGUCACUGGUAAACUCGCUCUGUCGUUUGAUGCGCUACCUCAGAGAGAGUGAAAUGCAGCUGCGUGAGAAAGAGGUGAUGAGGCAGCACCAUGAGCAGAUGUUGAAUGAACAUAGAGAACUGAUUGAUGCUCUGACUGCAGAAAUACUUCUACUGAGGGAAGAAAGCACUGCUAUACAGAAUAAGCUUCAGCAAUACAUGACAGUAACAGAUGAACAGCUUAUUUCUCUCACACAAGCAUUUAGAGGCCUCCCUUUGGUAGAACCUACAAGAGAACAAAGUCCAAACCAUUUUGGAAUUGCAAGCAGCGGAGCAGUGGAUGGCCAAGAAAAACAUGAUUUGAACUAUUCUGAGCCUAGGACUGAUGCAGGCAACAGAGAAAAUAGGCUGAAAUUCCCACAGGAAGAACUUCCUUUCAAGUUUUCCCUGAGGCCAGGUGCCUUGGAUGGUGUAGGAUCUGGUAGAAGCUUGCCAGCUCACAUCUACCAGCCAGCUGUGCUGUUGUCACCACCUCGCCAGAUGAACAGUCAGGAAUUGUCUCCCCACCAGCACAUGUUUACAGCCACUUCUAAUUCUCCUGAAAACACCGAAAGAGAGCCCUGCAAGGAAAGGAGCUCACCUUCCUCCCUGAGAACACAGAGCACAACCGAGGAAAACCAUUUCAUCUCUCAAAGGCAACCAGUUUCUCCCUCAGACAAAGACUUGGAGAGUUCCCACAUGAAAAUCAGUCUGUCCUGCCCAGGUGACACUAGGAAAAACAGCAGAGCUGAAGAGUUAUUUCAAAGUGGUGAUCUGCUGGGACAGAUAGCUGAGCUUACACGGCAGAAUGCUCUAAUUAAAGCUCAACUGAGCAAAUUCAAAGGCUUCUCUGAAGACACAAGUGACUGCUUACAUCAGCCGGACUCAAUACAAAAUGCUAGUCCUGCUCCAGACUCUUCACAAGGACAGACUCAUCUAGUGAUAUCAAAGAGCUUGGAGGAAAGAAUAGCAGAGCUGAAUCGUCAGAGUACAGAAGCGCGUGAUAAACUGUUGCAGCUGAUAGACCAGCAGAAAUUGGCUGCUGCCGAUCUAGUCCCUCCGAGGACAUCUCCUGUUGUGCCCCCAUCCCUAAAUUAUACUGAAAAUGCAAGGAGGACAAUCGAAGUGUCCAUUCCCAUGGCAGUUGCUAUGGACGGCUCCAAAGAAGACAGUGUUUCCUCUACCAGUAUGACCAGUAUAAGAAGGUCUGUAGGUGACUCUAGUAAAUCUUCUUCACCCCUAAGUGACACGUCAGAAAGUGUGAAAUUAGUUCCGAUCUGCCAAAGGUCAAAGGUGGAAAAGCAAAAAGAAGGCGGCUGGUUUGCAUUGUCAACACACAUUACAUAAAGGAAGCUGUGCUCGAAUGUAAUUUUUUAAAUCUUUUUGGUGAAUCACAAUUAGAUCGCAAUGGCCCCAUUCUCCAGUGGUACAGUUCAACUCUAAAGUGCUUUCAUGUCAGUGUUGUUAGUAUAAAAAAGGUCCCUAUGCUUAUUGUAUUUGUGCCAUACAGAACACUCCAGGAAGUCCUUGGAGUGAAUUUCUGAACUGGCCAUGCUGCUGCGAUGUUGCCUGGUUUCACUGAAUGCAUCUUUCACAUGAUGGUGUACCAAGGCUGCUGCAGCAAUACCAAUGAGCAUCUGAUAUCUGUAUUGGAAAUGCUGAAGACUGGAAGUUGUAGCAAAUACACGUGAAACUUUCUGGAGCACAUAUUUGCACAAGAUAUGGGAGUGGAAAAAUCAAGAAAAGCUGAGAUGAGAGAAUGUUCCUAUGGCCAAAAGCAGUCUGGAGAUUAGGGAGACAGUCUGUUCCUGAUGGAUAAGAAUUUGCAUCGGAAAUAGUGUGUUCCUUCUGUGGUUUACUGUUGCUCCCAAAAAUUGUGUUUUCUGUGCAGUUGACAUAUAGGGGAUUACAUCUGGACUUGAGGAUUGCUUUCAUUUAAUAUUUUAAUAGUAAAUAUAAAGUGACUACUUGAAGUUGAAAUCAGAAUCUCUGCUUGCUAUAUACUAAAGAAUGCUCUUUGCAACAAUAGGAAGCUGUACAAUUGUAUUAAGCUGCUUUGUUUUGUGUCUGUAUAAUACUCUAAUGACUAUGCUUUUACAUAGUUUUUCUUUAACUUUUUAAAGUAGCCAUUGUUGUAUUAUUAACAAUAAAAUCCAGGACUGUGAGGAAAUGCUUAUAAGUCUGUUCCCUACAGUGUAGGUAAUCUGGGCAAAAAAACUUUGUAAAGGAGAUGUGAAAAAUGAAAAAAAUCUGCAAGUCUGGGGAAGAAAAUAUCUGCAAGUCUCAAAACCAGAUUUUGAGUAAAGUUGUUUUUAACAUUUUUCCUUUCUUAAGAGUUGUUUGCCCCCAAAGAUAUCGAUGGGGUGGGGCACUGAAAGAGGCCAGCCAAUAUCCUUUCAAUCAUUUCAGUUUUAGGAGAAUGAAGAAAAUAUACUUCUUUUCCUUUCCUCCCCCCUCCCUUUUCUUUUUUAUUAAGAGGGGAGACAUUUCUUUUAAACAGAUUUAGAAAAUCUAAAAAUUAUGGGUUCCAAAAGAGGACCUGUUCAAAUAUUCAUUGACAUUUCUGCUAUUUUUUUUUUCCAGUGUUAACUUUGGGAAGUGAAGAAAGCUCAUAGUCCUGUGUUUUGUGAAGUCAAAGUUAAAAUCGCUUGGAAGAAACACCCCAACUCAGGCAGAGGCAGGAACGAUCUACAUAACUGUAGCAUCCACGCAUUGUUUCUGACUUCCUCCAAGCUAGUUGCUACAAAUGCUUUGUAAUGUCUGAGAUAUCCUUAGGAAUACAGGAUUGGAAUUAAUCUUUUGGGUCAUCAUCUGGUUACCUUAACUAGGAAGCUGCUCUAUCAAGUAACUACUUGUUUAUUAUAGCUGCAUUCCAGUCUUAAAACCACUGAGUGAGAUGAGAAAUGCUGCUGGUUUUCCUUUGCAUGGUUAGUUCUGAGUCUCUUCGAGAUCAUGAAGACUCAGGUUGAGGAGGAAUGAAGGUUCUGCCUCAGAGUCAGGACCAGUGAAGGACCAGUUGACCCAUGAAGCAGUGUCUGUGGUGCAGAGCACCCAGCUGGUGGCCAUCUGAAGCAGUGGGACUGUGCAGAGCUCCAGCUUCCAAAAGCCACAAAACUGUGUUCAAACUAGUAGCUCUUUUCUCUCAGCACAGAUGACCAGCCCAGGUGCCGCCUUGCACUGAUGUGGCCAGUCUGGUGCCAGAGCUCCCUUUCAACACAGACUUAGUGCUCUGUGCUCAUCCCAAAAGGCAGGAACAUGUCCUUGGGUGUCUUUGGUCACCCUCCUACCAAUUCCUCCGCAUCCUGAGACUGGGGCUAGGCAGCUGUCUAGGGGACAGGCUGGGAUCACGUGAGUUUCAUGGCUAAAAAGAGCUGCAGCUGGGAUGCAGUGGAAGUGUGUUUGCUGGAGCUCCAUAGGCAAGUAUAAAGCUGAAAGCAGUUGCUGGGACACUGUGUUACUGCUUGGGUUGGGUUUUAUUGCCUAUUCUAGACCAAGCAACAAACUGCAGCUGUCACCAGCAGUAGCACAUCCAAUUUUUUAUAUCAGAUGAAGGAGAAGGUUUCAGGGCUUCAUUUUAUCUUUGUUUUUUUCUGUGGUGUUAAAUCAUAGAAAGACUGGUAUUACUUAGUCCAGUGCUCUCUGUACAGUGUGUUCUAUUGCCAAAGGCUUCCUGAUUUUGCAUAAUAAGCAAUUUACUGCUUUGCUUCCUUUUUUCGCAGACCUUUCAUGUUCUUCCUUCUUGUCUUAAAUGUCAGCAGAAGGACAUUUGGUAAGGACAGUAUUAAAGAGCAGGUACAAAGAAGAGCUCUGCAACCUUUGUUUUCUCUCAUCCUCCUCUUUUGUCAGGUGUACCAUGUAGGAAUUAGUUUGAAAAUGUUUCCCUUGGACGCAUGGGAAAGUUUCCUGCACGUAUUUUGAUUAGAAAAUUCUAAAUUAAAAACUUCAUUGCAAAUAGCAGUUUCAUUUUAGUUUUGGAAAUGGGAAAUCUCUAGGUUUGCUUCUUGGGUUUAUGAUUGUUUCCUCUUUCAUGGUAAUCUGUACAGUGUGCUGCCUCGUUUGGGCUUUAUUUUGGUUUUGAAAUAUUAAAUAGUCUGAAAAUUCUGUAGGUCUGAUAUUGUUGUUUCACAUGAAGGCUUAGGAGGACAUGCAAAGUCCGUGGGCACUUUUUGGAACAGAAGAGUCCAAAUGGGAGUGUUUCCCUCUGAAACCUUUAGCUAUUCAGAAUUGCCAAGUCCUUGAAGAAGGCAAUCUGACACUGUUGAUUCAUGUUGAUUCUUGGCUUGUAUCAGAAACGGUGUGACCAGCAGGUCCAGGGAGGUUAUUCUGUCUCUGUACUCGGCACUGGUGAGACCGCACCUUGAGUACUGUGUUCAGUUCUGGGCCCCUCACCACAAGAAGGAUGUUGAGGUUCUGGAGCGUGUCCAGAGAAGAGCAACGAAGCUGGUGAGGGGGCUGGAGAACAAGUCUUACAAGGAGCAACUGAGAGAGCUGGGGUUGUUUAGCCUGGAGAAGAGGAGGCUGAGGGGAGACCAUAUUACUCUCUGCAGCUACCUGAAAGGAGGUUAUGGAGAGGAGGGAGCUGGCCUCUUCUCCCAAGUGACAGGGGACAGGACAUGGGGGAAUGGCCUGAAGCUCCGCCAGGGGAGGUUCAGGCUGGAUAUCAGAAAAAAAUUUUUCAUGGAAAGAGUCAUCGGGCACCGGAACAGGCUGCCCAGGGAGGUGGUCGAGUCACUUUCCCUGGAGGUGUUUAAGGAACGGGUUGAUGAAGUGCUUAGGGACAUGGUUUAAGAGAGUGUUAGGAAUGGUUGGACUCGAUGAUCAAGUGGGUCCUUUCCAACCUGGUGAUUCUGUGAUUCUAUGUUGUCCAGGUGAGUGUUCAGUUGGCCACCCCUGAUGAUGAAGAUGUAGCCUUACAUUUCUGAGGUGCUGGGAACUGUUGCUGUUGUGCCUUUUUAACUGUGGAAAUAAGGAGGUCUCGCUUACAGCCUGAAGAACCUCUGUGAUCACAGUACAGAGAAGGGAACCCUACUAUGACAAAAUAAGCUCUAAUUUAAGGAUCAUAGAAUCCUAGAAUGGCCUGGGUUGGAAGGGAUGUUAAAGCCUAUCUAGUUCCAACCCCCUGCCAUCGGCAGGGACAUCUCCCGUUGGACCAGGCUGCUCAAGACCCCAUCCAACCUGGCCUUGAACACCUCCAGAGAUGAGACACCCACAACUUCUGUGGUCAACCUCUUCCAGUGCCUCACCACCUUCAUUGUGAAGAAUUUCCUCCUAAUGUUGAGCCUAAAUCUUACCCUUCCAAUUUGAAGACCUUCUUCCUCAUCCCAUCACUCCAUGUCCUUGUAAAAAGUCCCUCCCCAGCUCUCCUGUAGCCCCUUUCAGUACUGGAGGCUGCUGUAAGGUCUCCCUGGAGCCUUCUCUUCUCCAGGCUGAACAACCAGAACUCCCUCAGCCUGUCCUGAUAACAGAGGUGCUCCAGCCCUCAGAUCAUCAUCUGGGCCCUUGGAGAGGAAGGAGCAGAGCUCUAUAGGUCAAAAAUAUUGGGAUAUUUUACUACUGAAAGAUGUUGUAUCAUCUUAAUGAGUUAAUAAAAGUUUGCUGCUUUAUUUAUCUUAACUUUUUUCAGGACUUUUUCUGAGGCUGAAAUCUUUGUAUAGUGCAAUUAAUUUAAAUGCCUCAGGCCAAGUGAACCUCAUGGUAUCCGAGUGUCUUUGGCUUCUGCCAAAGUUUGGGAUGCUUAUAUCUGCAAUUUGUUUCUUUAAGAAUGUGAGGUAUAAGGAGUUUUGUGUAAGAAAGGAAACUUCAGGCACACAGGAUUAGAGAUGGUUCUCCUGAGAGCUAGAACACUGUCUGGAUAUUCAGAUUGGCUGUGACACACAUAUGUCGCUUUGCAGUGUCUGUAGUGUAAGAUACAACCAUUCCCUUGUGAUACCUGCAUGCAAUCAUACUGAGGACCAACAAGCUGCUUUUUCAGAGGGUCAUCCAUACAUUUCCGAAGGCACGACUUACUUUGUGCCUUUGAAUGGAAAUAUUGUAAACUAUUAAGGCUCAAUGAGGAAUUACAUGCAGCAGCACAACUCCCGUGUCUCUCUAAAUCUAGUCUCUGCACAACCCUUAUUGAACUCGAUGUUCUAAGAACAAGACAUUCUGUUCAAGCACUCAGGCUUGCACUUUUAGCCUGCCACAGUGAUAAAGCUAUGCCUCCAGGGACACAGAUAGCUGAAGUUUAAAGAAUGGAUCUGCUGGAUGGAAAAAUAUAUGUCAUUAUGUAUUUAUGGAACAGUUAACCUGAGCAUGGGCAAGCCUGCACUGUGCUGCACUGCACAUGUGCCAUGGCAUUCAGGCUGCCUGGCGCUGCACGUCCCAUUUGGCAGCAGGAUAAGUGCAGCCAGCUUAUCGUAACGAGUGAGCUUGCAGGCAGCUCCCACUUGGCAUCAGUGAUUGCACCAUCUGCGUGGCCUUGCCUUUUUAUCUAAAAGUGCAGCAAGAAGUUCCUACACAAACUUCUUCCUUCUGUAGAAAUGAUUAACAGAUUUUUUUUUUCUUCUAAGUAAACCAUAUAGUAGCUUCAUUAACCAAAAAGGAGCUUCUGUCCAUGGAUGCGACCUGUGCAGCAUGCCAUGGGAGAAAUCCAUGCAGGGUUCCCAGCAUCUGGGAAUACUACAAUAAGAUUAUUCUGUCUUAUUAAAAGUUACUUUAUUAAGCCACUUGUCGGGCCUUGCUGAGAUCCAGAAACAACCCUACACCAUCUCUCAUCAUACACACUUCUUUCCUACCUCUUUUAUUUACUUGGGCUGUGCUCCAUUUCCACUACAACCAGCAUUGCUUCUCCUGAGCAGAGGUCAGAGCAGUGCUUCAAAGCUGGAAAAUCUCUGCUGUUCUAUACAUGUUCUAUGCUCGCUUCCCAAAGGUGUUGUAUUGCAUAACAUGGGCACUGCGUUUUGCUAUGAGACUUUACUGGUCUAAUCCCUUGGCUAGACCAAGAGGUGGCUGUCGGGGGCAGCAGGUACAGCUCUACGAGUGCUUGCUGUCUUUAGCCAAGACGAAAGUGCAGGCACAAAUAUGGCUGCCCAUUCUGCAGGGCCACCUUGAAUGUGGAAUGAGAUAAACAGAACAAAUCUGGAUAGAGAGAGGAAAAAUAAACUACGCCCCCCAAACAGUACCUAACAGAAAACAAGGAUGCGCAGGUUGGCUAGGAGGCACGCAGCUGCUGCAAUCUCAUCUUUGCUGGUUUGGAAUUACAGUUCUGCACCAGAGCAGUCUCUCUGGGAAGAGGCAUGGGAAUAGUUUUUCACAUAUUAAAGAUGUCCCUUCAUGUGAUGCACAUUUAGCAUUUUUCAUAGUGUUUGUUAUCUAAAAGAACAGAGCUCUCCACAAAAGCUUUCCAGUUUUUCUAGCUUGGGAAGCUGAGGCACAGAGCAAGCUGUGGAAAAUGUCACAUUUCCUAGUCCCAGCACAACCACACCUCACCUUCUGGCUGGUGUCAGAGAUACGGUGCCUUGACACUGUGGAAGAUUUACAUCUGAGCAGAUGCAAGGUGAAGGGGUCCUGGGCCACGUCUGCUCUUUGGAAGCACAAAUUGUGAUCAAGAAAUUGUUCAUGGUAUUUAUGUUUCUGCUCUUUAGGUGAGCACAUUGCAUCCUGACAGCUGUCUUGUACACGAUCUUGUCCUGUGGCGGGAUUUGCAAGCCUCCUGGUUUUUGUCUUCCCUCCUGUGGCCCUUGAACACGGGGGCACUAAUGAGAAAGGGUCUUUGCAUGACGCAGAAGGGUAACCCAGAAGUCUCUGAAGAGAAUCUCUUUCCUGUGCUAAUAGCAGGCAGAUAGAAGUAUUAAUACAUAUUCCUUGUGUUCCAGUUCUUGGACAUCUCAGUAAGUGCAGGAGUGUUUCUUCUGAGCCGAGAAAACACAAGUGUUUCUCACCCUUCACUUCAAAUGCACCAGUUCUACAAGUGGACAGAAAGAAGACGUGGGGCGGGCAGUAAAAGGCAGUGCACAGAAGUAGUGCAUGACUCCAGAUGACAGUCAAGGUGCUUUUAACUUGCAAUACCCUCCAUUCGUGGCACAGAAGUGGAUCUCCAGCUCUGAGUGGGGUGGAGCUGAACUGAAAAGCUGCCCUGGCCGGGAUUUGCUCCCCUGCCUUAGGGCACAGAGUAGAGUCAAUCCACCACUAAUAACAAUUAGUCACAAUCUCCGGUCUUGCCUCAUCUUCUUGAGAACUGCUGUGUGCAGCUAAGCACCGAAGAGGAAAAGGUUACAAAGCAAACUCUGAGUAAUCCGGGAUGGGAGAGGGUCUCCUACUCCAAAUCUUGCAGUGCUUUGCAGCCCAAUAUGUUUCUUGAAGAUAAUCACAGAGCACCAGCAUACGUGUCCAUCGACUUGCUUUCCACAAUUAUGGACUUGGUGGCAUGGGGCUUCCCUCACUGACUGGCAAUAGCCAAGAGAGCAAUAUUGUGGAGAGAGUAAUUGAAACUGAAGCACAAGUUCAUACUAAUGUAAUGCCUGUUCCACAGGCCACUGGUCGUACAGAGGUUGCCACUGCUGCGUGCUGAUUGACUCAUGGAUACAUUGCUGGUAAUGAUCUGUCCUGUGCUCCAACCUGAUCAGCCUCAGGCCAAACGAUCAGAUCAAAUCAGCUGGGGUGGAACCUCAGCU